ACACGGCGUCUUUGGGUGAGCACACCGCGCAGCAACGAGAGGGGCAAACAAGCUUGCUACUGUGAUUUCUCGUCCGAGCAGCGGCGGAGGAGAGAGAGAGAGCAUGGCCGACCACAAGGAGGAGCCUGUGCCGGAGUCUGUGAUGGACAAGAUCACCGAGAAGUUCCACGGCGGGGACUCGUCGUCGUCGUCGUCUGACUCGGACGACGAGAAGAAGGGGUCCUCGUUGGCGUCGGCGGCGGAAGCCAUGAAGGCCAAGAUCUACCGCCUUUUCGGCCGGGAGAGGCCCGUCCACUCCGUCCUCGGCGGCGGCAAGCCUGCCGAUCUUAUCCUAUGGAGGAACAGGAAGAUCUCUGGCGGGGUACUUGCUGGUGCCACGGCCAUCUGGCUCCUAUUCGAGGUCAUGGAGUACCAUCUCCUCACCUUGGUGUGCCACUGUCUCAUCCUCUCGCUGGCCAUCCUCUUCCUGUGGUCCAAUGCCUCCACUUUCAUCAACAAGUCCCCACCGAACAUUCCUGAGGUCAAAAUCCCUGAGGAUGUGGCUGUUAAUGUUGCCCUGUCACUGAGAUAUGAGAUCAACAGGGGCUUUGCUACCUUAAGGGAGAUUGGGCAUGGCCGUGAUCUGAAGAAAUUCCUAAUUGUUAUUGCAGGUCUCUGGCUUCUUUCAGUUCUCGGGAGCUGCUGCAACUUCCUGACACUGUUCUAUAUUGUCUUUGUGGCACUGUACACUGUACCAGUUCUGUAUGAGAAAUAUGAGGACAAGGUUGAUGCUUUUGGUGAGAAGGCUAUGACUGAACUGAAGAAGUAUUAUGCCAUUUUCGAUGAGAAGUGCCUAUCGAAGAUUCCAAAGGGCCCCCUUAAGGAUAAGAAGCACUAGAUUGGUAGUAAGGUAUUUGCUAUGAAUCAACAUCUACAUUAUGUCACUAGCUGUCACCUCUUUCUCUGAAGGAUGGUGCUUGGUCCUGGUCUCUAGUUGAUAGUAUAUAAUCUGUAUGGGCAACUUUGGUGUGACUGACAGUCUGCUGAAAACUGUUGAUCUUGUUUUUGGUUUCAGCUUUCACCAUAGUUGCCUGGAAGCUUGAAAUAUAUUAUGCGCUCUAUCAAUGUCAUGUGAACUUUGUCAUGUACCU